UAUGACUCUAUGACCACAUCCACAUGCUAUUAUAAAUAAGGCCAUCACUCCUUCACUAUCUUCCACACUUAAACCAAACUGAACUACUUUGAGUGAGGAAAAAUGGUGAAAUGGGUGAGCUCAAUACUAUUGAAGCUUAGUUUGAUGCUAAGCUUAGCUCUUGUAGCUCUUGCUAACAGUGGUGAUUUCCAUUUAUUCUACUUUGUGCAACAGUGGUUAGGAUCAUACUGUGACCAGCAUGCAGAGAAAUGCUGUUACCCACCAUCAGGAAAGCCACCAGCAGAUUUUUCUAUAGAAGGGCUAUGGCCUUACUUCAAUGAUGGUAGUUUCCCCUACAAUUGUGGUGGAGGCAACUUUAAUGAAGCUCUGCUUAAACCAAUGCAAGAUAGCCUAAGGAGGGAGUGGCCAUCAUUUACAUGCCCCCAAAUAGGAAGAAAGUUCUGGGUCCAUGAAUGGAACAAGCAUGGAACAUGCUCGAAAACGGUCCUAGGUGAAGUUGCCUACUUCCAAGCUGCUCUAAACCUCAAGAACAAGGUCAGGCUCCUCCAAGCCCUCGGAAACGCCGGAAUUCGGCCAAACAACCAGCUUUAUUCACUCAAGGCAGUUAAGGAGGCCAUUGCUCGAGGAACAGGAUUUCAUCCUUGGGUUGUUUGUAACAAAAAUUCUCAAGGGAUUAGCCAGAUUUGGCAAGUAGCUAUGUGUGUGGAUAGAACUGGUACCAGACUCAUUAACUGCCCCUUUGUUCCCAAAGGACAAGGAGAUUGUAAAUCUCAAAUCAAAUUCCCAGCUUUCUACUAAGAAUAGGCGUAGCUAGCUAGCAAAUUAAGAUGUGGUUGGUUGAAAAAAUUUCAUAUUGCGUGCCAUUUUUAGUGCACGCUUAUGCUAUGUGCUUACGAAUGUUAAAGAGACUACUAAAUUAAGAAUAUUGCCCAUCAAAUUAUGUAAUGUGUUCACUUUUCUACUGGUUAUAGAAGUAUUAAAUAAAAAAAAUUAACAAUUGGAAA